AUGGAAACACUGGCAUCGAUUCUGCCGUCUCUACAGGCAUCAGAUUGGGCCGUCUCCCUAGACCUCAGGGACGCAUAUUUCCACAUACCAAUUCAUCCUGCUUAUAGAUACCGGGCAAUGCCUUUCGGCUUACGCCCGGCACCCAGAGUUUUCAUUCGUGUGGUCAUCGCAGUGGCCGCCCACCUGAGAGAACGAGGUCUAAGACUUUUCGUUUAUCUCGACGACUGGUUACUGUUCGCGAACUCAAAGGCCAAACUUCUGUCUCACUUAUCCCUCCUUCUGCGGGUCACCCAGGAGUUGGGAUUCGUAGUGAAUUGGGAGAAGUCGGAUCUCUCGCCUUCCCGCGUACCGACAUACGUGGGCGCGGUUCUAGACCUGCCAAACCAGAUUGCUCGACCAAGCCCCGACAGAGUUCGGGCAAUCGUCUCUCUGGCUCGCUCUCUCAGAGAGCGCAGUCUCUCUGGCUCGCUCUCUCAGAGAGCGCAGUUCUGUGAAAGCUCGCACAUGGCUGAGAUUACUCGGGUUUAUGGCAAGCCUUGUCGACAUCCUACGGGAUUGUCGCCUGCUUAUGAGACCCUUUCAGAGACACCUGCGCUAUUACAGACCGAGCGCAGAUUCUCUGCAUCUCCGGAUCCCCCUGUCUCAAGAGAUCCGUCUCAGCCUGGCCGCCUGGACGCGAACGUCCUUUGUAGCGAGGGGCAAGCCCUUCCGCCAGCCGCUCUGACCACAGAUGCGUCGCUUACGGGAUGGGGUGGCCAUUGUGCGGGGGAGAUGGCCUUGGGUGUCUGGUCGUCCCAACGCACCUUACCUCAUAUCAAUGUGUUGGAGAUGAGGGCUGUCAUCAACUCCCUUAAGCAUUUCCGACACAGGUUAGUUGAUCGAACGGUCCUGAUUCGCACAGACAACAAGUCAGUUGCGGCGUACAUCAAUCGCCAAGGCGGUACCCGAUCGAGCUCUCUCAACGCCCUUGCUGCGGAGCUCUGGGAGUGGUGCUACCAUGCGAAGAUCGUUCCAAUUGCCUUGUACAUUCCAGGCAGCCACAACCUGAUAGCCGAUUUUCUGUCCCGGGGCCGGUGCCUAUUAUCCGAAUGGUCGCUCCACCCGGAGAUAUUCCAGUCUAUCCAAGCCCACUGGGGGCCCCUGGAAAUAGACUUGUUUGCCAUGGCUCUCAACCGGAAGUUACCGACGUUCUGCUCUCGUGUCAACGAAACAGUUCUAAGCAACUUCCCUGGAUGCAUUCUCCAUUCAUUGGGGGAUCAGAGGUGUUAUGCAUUUCCUCCGUUCCGCCUAAUACCGCAGGUAUUGAUGAAAGUGAAGGAAGACCAAGCUUGGCUUCUUCUAGUGGCCCCCAAUUGGCAAAGGAGCUGCUGGUUUCCACAGCUCCUAGAAUUGUUGGAGGGGGACCCGCUCAUACUUCCUCUGAGAUCAGACAUAGCAUCUCAACCUCUGUCGGGGAUCAUGCAUCCUUGGCCAGCGGUCCUCCACUUAACCGCAUGGCCAUUAUCGGGCAGGACGCGAGAUCGUUAG